AUGCUGAGCGAGGGCGAGUAUCACCUGGUGGCCGUGGCCUUUCAGUCCAUGGACCCCAAUAACACCGGUCUGGUUCCCCUAAGCGAAGUCAAGAAGCGGUACUUCGCGCACGAGCAUCCGCGCGUGAAGGAGGGGAGCAUGGCUCCAUCUGCCGCACGCGACACGUUGGACUACCACUUCGGCGUCUGCGCUGCUGAUCACGGGGGCAGCAUCACCUUCGACGAAUUCCUAGCAUACCACGAAAAAAUUGCCGACGAGGCAUACGACGAACAUGUCGGCGACGUCGCAGCCUUCACAGAGAAGACGAUUAUGAAGCUUUGGAGACUCGGCGACUUGUUGCUGCCGACGGGCGUGCGUCCCGUCUUUCCGGUCGCGCAGCCACCAACCGGGCUGUACGCGUCGACGAACAUGACGCUGGUGUGGGUAGAGCCUAGGCAAAUAGAUGCGUCUCCGGCCUCAGGGCAGCAAUCCCCCAGCAUCGGAGGUACUGCCACGCCGUCUAUCAACACCUAUGGCGCUGUGCACGCCAGUGACCUCUUUGUGCUCCGCGGGGUUAAAGACGUGGUUCGCUCCAUCUUUGCCCGCGGUGAUCUGCCAGAGGAGCUGCAGGGUUACUUCGCGUACCCAGAGGAGCUGACUGGGUUGGCGGUAGACUACGUGGCACCACGUGUAUCGAUUCAGCGAUGGUACGACUUCACGUGGGAGUACGCGGAGGGCAAGUACUGCGGCGUCGAAGGCAUCAUCUCUAUCCGUGUCGACCUAGAAUCCCUGCCCGCUGGUCUACGGCAGUUUGUCUGCGAUCAUGCCACGGCGGUCUCCCGUGGUACGACGUGGAUCCAGACACGGCCCAUGGUGAACCCCAUGUACAAGAAGACGAGCUCCGCCUACGGGUACGGCGUCAACGAGGAGUGUCGAAAAAUCCACCGCUGGAAGGUGAAGACCUUUGAGGGGAAGCAGUACGGCAAUCAAUACCACGGCCUCUGUGGCAAGUACUUUGCCAAGAUGAAGGAGCCGCUGAAGUGCAGCACCACGACGGGCAUGAAUAUGUGA